AUGACAACACCUACCCUGAGUGCCACGCGGAGCACGAGCACGCCCUCUAAGAGCUUCAGCCUCCGUCCCGUGUCCACCUCUACUCCGCCCUCGCCCACCGGCACUAACUCUUCUCCGACCACGACAAACGCGACAACAGUGACAACACCCAUCUCCCCCGCCAACACAGCAAAUACCAGACGUCUUCGCGAGCUUGAUAUUCCGCCCAUGGCUGCUCACUCUCGGCCCCAUUCCGUCGAUAGUCCACAGCUUUCUUCGCCCCGCGCCUUAUCUCAUCCUGGGCGACCACGCGGCCUUACAGGUCACGACCUCAUGGCUCUCUUCCCUCCCCAAGCACCCUCACUAGACGAACUCCGACCCGGCCCGACGAGUGGGUGGUUUGCUCGGCAAGAGCGGGCCUUCUUUGCCCGGGGGACCAUCGGCUUUGGAAACCCCACUGGCGAAGAUGAGUAUGCGGGACCGAGCGCAGGAAAGAGACGCGCGGAGAGGCCCAACAGCAGCGCAGCUGGCGGGCGAGAUCGAGAGCGCGUUGCGUUACCUCCAUUCCCCCUUCCGCCUCAUCCGCAGCCUGGUGCAGGGCCUGGCCAUCAUCUCCCGGCGCACCAGGCGCGCCAGUCGCAUGCAUCGCCCCGGCUUCCACCGCCUGACGUACCCCCGUCCGCAUCGUCUCCAUCGCACCCCAUAGCCGAGGACAUGGACUCUGACGAUGCGUGGCGGCGACCCAUGGCAUUGAACGAGCGCAGGAGGUCCGGGAAACAUACUCGGCGGGUCGUCGUACAUCGGGCGUAG